ACACCGAACGGUGAGGUAGGCUCUUUUUCUGUUUUCAGUGCUUAUUUUUCGUGAAAAUUACACGAUUUUCGUGAUAGUUUGUUGCAGUUUAUACAUUUUUGAUGCCUAUAAUUUACUGAGAGCGAAAGCGCAGGGGUGUAUCGGCGCACAGUGAACAGAGCAAUGGUAAUGGAGGCGUCCCCGUCACCGCAGAGCGUUGGCCGCGAAUUCGUUCGACAAUACUACACGUUGCUCAAUAAAGCGCCCGCCCACCUGCACAGGUUUUACAACAACUACUCGUCGUUCGUGCACGGCGGUCUCGAUGCGCCUAACCGCGAGACUCUGCCCGUGGUAGGGCAGAAGCAAAUUCACAAUCGUAUACAGCAGCUCAACUUCCGCGACUGCCAUGCCAAGAUUAGCCAGGUGGAUGCACAGGCGACCCUAGGCAAUGGAGUCGUGGUGCAAGUGACUGGUGAGUUGUCGAACGGUGGCGCACCCAUGCGUCGCUUUACGCAAACUUUUGUACUGGCCGCCCAGUCACCCAAGAAGUACUAUGUGCACAAUGACAUCUUCCGGUACCAGGACAUUGUCUUCUCGGACGAGGAGGGUGAGGGCAGUGGCCGCUCCGAAGGUGAAGAAGAGGAAGUGUCUCCCGCGGCCUACUUCCCAGCAGGAGGCUUCCCUCCUCCGCCUUUCCCUGCACCCCCGCAGCCACCGCACGCUCCGCUGGUGUCGCCUCCGCAGCCCACUCCACCAGUGCAGCCCGCAGUGCAGCCUACAGUACAGCCAGCACAGCCCGCGCAGCCCCAUCUGAACGGCCAUCCACAUGAGGACCCCACCAGGCACCUCGUGUCAGCUUUACAAGGUGCGUCUGUAACAAGUGCUCCACCGUCUGAGGAAAGCAUUGAAGUGAUCUCGGAGCCACCGCCCCAACCCGAACCGGAGCCCGAGAGGGAGCCUACGCCCCCGCCGCAGCCUGUGUCUCAAGCCCCGCCGGAGCCGAAGACGUACGCAAAUCUGCUGAAGUCGGGUGGAACACGCACGUCUCCGCCCGUUGCGCCCGCUCCUGCCCCCGCUCCGGCUCCGGCGCCCGUACCGCCGCUGGAGCAGCGCAAUCGUCCGCCACGCGCGCAUCCUAACGCUGCCGCGACCUCGGAGACACGCGAGAGCCGCGAGCCACGCGAGUCCCGCGAGCGCGAGGGUCGGCGAUACUCGGACUCGCAGCAGCUGUUCCUCGGGAACCUGCCCCACUCGGCGACCGAGGAGGAGCUCCGAGCUCUGUUCGAGCGUUUCGGCCCGGUCGCCGAGCUGCGCGUGCACGGCAAGGCCGCGGCACCCGGGGCCGCCAGGCACCCGAACUACGGCUUCAUCACGUACGAGAGCGCCCAAGCGGCGGCCGAAUGUCUGAACGCCGCUCCGCUGUUCUUCCCGCCCGAUGCCCCGGAGAGCGACCGCGUGAAGCUCAACGUGGAGGAGAAGAAGACACGCGGAAGGGACCCACCCCGUCGCCGUCCUACGUCUUCGCACCGCGCCUACCCGCGUAUGCCCUACCGCCGCUAGCCACGCCGCACUCAGGUGUGAGCGCGCGUCACGACAUUGGACGCCCGCCCCGUACGAAAGGACGUCUUCCUUCAAAUUAACCGCCGGCAUUUAUUCUGUAUCGCUAUACUCUACGAGACCGUCGCGCGAUCGGCCGGCACGGAAUCCCGUCACGUCCCCCGUGCUGUAAACACGCUUCGAUUUCUCUAAGUAGUUAGAUAGUAAAUUAAUUUUAUUUGCUCGUUGGAACUUGACAGGGAACUAUUCUGGCGGCGCACUGCGCACAUUGAACGAACGAACGUCUCGUUUCGCGUAAUGGAAAAACGGAAAACUUAAAAAAGGAAAACUGUCACGUUUCCGAUACGUAUACGUACACGUAUGAAUACGUAACAGAGUGCCGUGCGGAUAGUUCGACGGACGGAAACAGCGGUUUUUGUUUUGUAAUUAUUGUAUGUAAGUAUUGAAUUGCAAGCGUGCCUGUCGAGUUCUUUCGAAUCGAAUGUAUCGUUAGGGUUUUCAAUGUUUUGUUACAUAUUAAAAUUAUUUGUAUGUGUGAAUAACAUUUAUUUAUACGACUAACGCAACGAACAGCAAGCCCCAGUUAACUUAAUGUUUGACGCACGCCAGCCAUACGGGAAUACAAAUUUGAUGUUUAGAUAAAAAAUAGGCAGGCAUUUUACAGAAUUCUUAAUGAGUUUCGAUCAGAAUCCGUGCAUGAACUACAUAGGCCCAUGUAUUCGUGUCAACCGCGUACACGUGAAGCUCGUGGAUUGUGAUACUCAAUCACUUGGGUAAUUUCUGUAUACUUAUAAUUCGGUCUUUAUAUGUUUGAAAGUAUCAUGGCGUUGCAUAUGUCCAGUUUAGUUGGAGCUACGGAGCUGUUAUAUUGGAGAUCUUGGUUUUGGAAAUCCAGUUUCAAUUCUAUAGAAUGUAUUAUCAGGGUCAUUUAUAUAACGUAUUACCUGGUAUAAUAGGGAGCUUUCAAGUAUUACGUAGCACAUUGUUUAUCUCCCCCCCCCCCCCU